CUCCCGCGCUCAUUGCUCUCUGCGUGUUGCAACGAGCUUUUGUUUGUCAUAUUUUUCUUGGACUUUCAUCUUCGUGGAUACAUAUGGCGCUCAGAGCACAAUUCGAGGGCCAUAAUGACAUUGGAGUAUUUUCUAAAUUGACAAAUAAUUAUUGUAUUGUUGCAAUUGGUGCAUCGGAGAAUUUUUACAGUGUGUUUGAAGCAGAGCUAGCGGACAGUAUACCCGUGAUCCACUCUAGUAUUGCUGGUAUACGAACGAUAGGUUGUCUGGCUGUUGGAAACACAUAUGGUCUACUUUUGCCGAAUACGACGACAGACCAAGAAUUGAUCAAUUUGACAAAUUCAAUCCCAGAUAAGGUUAGAGUGUCUAGAAUUGAAGAAAGACUGUCAGCACUGGGGAAUAUUAUAGUUUGCAACGAUUAUGAUACUGAAGAAAUAAUCAGUGAUGUACUAAACGUAGAAGUCUUUCGUGGUGUCGUCGCUGGCCAGACCCUUGUUGGCACUUAUUGUGUGUUAACAAAUCGGGGUGGUUUAUUACAUCCACGAACGAGCAUUGAUGAAUUAGAUCAGCUUAGUAGUCUUCUUCAGCUCCCGUUAACGGCUGGGACCGUUAAUCGUGGGAGCUCUUUAAUUUCCGCAGGUCUAGUUGUAAAUGAUUGGGCCGCUUUCUGUGGCCUGGAAACAACUAGCACGGAGAUCCAGGUCAUCGAAUCGAUAUAUAAGCUCGACAGGGAGAAUAAUGAACCAUUUACGACGUAUGCCCGAGAUGCUCUUAUCGAGAGCCUGGGCUAA